GAGACGGCGCGGGGGCUGUUCCGGCAGCUGCUCGAGGCCGUGCGGCACUGCACCCGCCGCGGCGUGCUGCACCGCGACAUCAAGGCCGAGAACGUCGUCCUCGACCUGGCCACCGGCGAGGCGAUGCUCGUCGACUUCGGCUGCGGCGCGUUCCUGAGGAGCGGCCUGUACACCGAAUUCUCGGGAACACCACGGUACUUCCCACCAGAGAGGAUCGCCUGCCGCUGCUACUCUGGGCGGUCAGCCACCAUCUGGUCCCUGGGCAUCCUGCUGUGUGGCAUGGUCUGCGGAGAGUUUCCUUUCGGCACCGAGGAGGAAAUUGUCCGGGCCCGGCUCUCCUUCCCGCCGCGGGUGUCUCCAGAGUGCCAGCACCUCGUCAGAUGGUACUUGUCCAGGCAGCCCUCCCACAGGCCAUCAUUGGAGGACCUUUUCAGGCAUUCUUGGCUGCAGGCUCUCCCCCAGGCCCAGGAGACAGCACAGAUCAUUCCCCCACACAGUAGGAUCCGGGACCCCGGCAAGUACCAGCUCUGA